CCCUACCCACCCCACACACAUAGGCAUUGCAUAUGUGGCUCUUGCCAUUCAUUCUCCAUGUUCUGAACUUGCCCUUUUCCGGUCACGAGAUAAAGAAACAGGGAGUAGUGAAUAUUAAUCCCAAAGCUCACGCCUUUUUCAGAUAAUUCAUACAUUUUCCUUUGUCAUUUGCAUAUAGACGCACAUAUCUAGGGAAUCAUCUGCUUUUGGGCGUCUUUGACAGAUUGGGUUUUGCUUUAUCAGAUUGGUUUCUCAAAGAAAGACACAGAUAGGGCAAGAAACCUUUUAAAUGUGGCAUGUAUGAUGCAUGUGGAUUAUGUAUGGAUAAUAUGAUCUGAUUUGAGUCUGUGAAGACCCAACCCACCUUUCAAAAAUUUGAGAAAGAGAGAAAGAAACCCCCNNNCCCCACCCCCACCCGAAUUGUAGAGUGAGAGAAGAAUUUUGCAUAGCUUGUUGAGGUGAAAUGUUGGAAAUGGUUGGGGAAGGAGGAUCUGAAAUGGAGCUUCAGAACAGUCCAUCCAAUCCGCAGAGAUCCAAAAGCUUUACAUUCAGAGCUCCCCAGGAAAACUUCUCCAUCCAAGACUUUGAAUUGGGAAAGAUCUAUGGAGUUGGUUCUUAUUCCAAGGUUGUUAGAGCUAAGAAGAAAGAUACUAGAAAUGUUUAUGCCAUGAAAAUCAUGGACAAAAACUUCAUCUCCAAGGAAAAUAAGAUUGCAUAUGUGAAAUUGGAGCGCGUUGUACUUGAUCAGCUAGACCAUCCUGGCAUUGUGCGUCUAUGUUUUACAUUUCAGGACACCUUUUCACUAUACAUGGCUCUCGAGUCUUGUGAAGGUGGAGAACUUUUUGAUCAGAUAACUAGGAAAGGACGCCUGCCAGAAGGUGACGCUCGUUUCUAUGCCGCAGAAGUUGUAGAUGCUCUUGAAUACAUACAUAGCAUGGGAUUAAUACAUAGAGAUAUUAAGCCAGAGAACCUGCUGCUUACUGCAGACGGGCACAUCAAAAUCGCGGACUUUGGCAGUGUUAAGCCCAUGCAAGACAGUCAAAUAACAGUACUACCAAAUGCCGCCUCGGAUGAUAAGGCUUGCACCUUUGUGGGAACAGCAGCUUAUGUCCCUCCAGAGGUUUUAAAUUCUUCACCUGCAACUUUUGGAAAUGACCUCUGGGCACUUGGCUGCACAUUGUAUCAAAUGCUCUCAGGGACAACUCCCUUCAAAGGUGCUAGUGAAUGGCUCAUUUUUCAAAGAAUCAUUGCCAGAGAUAUCGAAUUUCCGAACUACUUCUCUGAUGAAGCGAGAGAUCUUAUUGAUCGGCUGUUGGACAUUGAUCCUAGCAGAAGACCUGGUGCAGGUCCAGAUGGCUAUGCCUCACUUAAAAACCAUCCUUUCUUUCGAGGGGUUGACUGGGAAAAUUUAAGGGCUCAAACCCCUCCGCGGCUAGCUUUGGAUCCAAAAUCACAAUCCUUUCACAGUGGAGGCGAUGAUCAAGAGUCGUGGAAUCCCACACAUGUUGGGGAUGGUUCAGCUGGAACAAAUGAUGGAGCCUCAUCAUCAUCUUCUGAAGCCGCUGCCGCCAGUAGCAUCACAAGGCUAGCUUCAAUUGAUUCUUUCGACUCGAAAUGGAAACAGUUUUUGGAUCCUGGGGAGUCAGUACUGAUGAUCUCCAUGGUUAAGAAGAUACAGAAGCUGGCUAACAAGAAAGUGCAGCUCAUCCUCACAAACAAGCCGAAGCUUAUUUACUUAGACCCGUCAAAGUUGGUUGUCAAAGGGAACAUUAUAUGGUCCGACAAUCCGAAUGACCUCAGCGUUCAAGUCACCAGCCCUUCAAACUUCAAGAUUUGCACCCCAAAGAAGAUCUUGGCCUUUGAGGAUGCCAAGCAGAGAGCGUCGCAGUGGAAAAAGGCAAUCGAGGCUCUUCAAAACAGGUGAUUUGAUUUCGUACAUGCAAACACACAUACUUUGGUUGUUGCCCUAUGGAAGCAGUUGGAUUGCCAAGAGAAAAGGAAAGAAGAAAUAUGGAUCGAAACGACUCUCAAAGGUGAACCUGCGGCCCCACCUGGGGGAAGAAAUCUGCGUACGUGUUUAACCAUGGUUAAGAGCUUUCUGAGUGGACGAUGGGUCGAGAUGGGUGGCACGUAGUCGAAUGACCUUCGGGUUGUGCUGUAAAACACCAUCAAAUGCAUAGCAGAUAAACAUUGUAAAAUAUUGCCACCGCCCCACGACCUCUGCCAUUUCUCCUUUGCUUCUUGCACUUUCUACACCGCCACCAGCCACCGCUCCACGACCUCUGCCACCGCCCCAAGUCACAGUCUUCCUCACCUUAUUAAUAAAUACUGGACUAAUUCUGGGACUAUUGUUCCUGCAAGAAAUCUUUUUCACUUUAUUCAGAUCUUGCCCGGAGCCUCCCACGAAUGCACGAGAGUCAGGCGAGACGUGCCGGCACGAGCUCUAUGUGGGACCUACGUGAUGAUGAACUAAGAAAAUUGAGGAAAGAGCUUGAAGAGAUGAGAUAAUCUCAAGCGCGUGAAUUGCUAACAAUCAAAGAGGAGAUGACUCGGCUAUAUGGAGGAGUUAUCCCACCAAGAAAUGAAAAUAGUGAUGGAGGUACAGAAGAACAGGGUAUGCAGGAGCUUGACAUGUUCCUAACUGAAAACAUUUAUAAUCUUACAUGAAUUUGAUAAAUACAUAAGAUUGUGAUGA